AGCCUGAGAAACAAUGACGAUAAAGAGAUGUGCUCUCAAGCCUGGUGGUCGAAUUGUCUGCCUCGUUGAUUGGUUUAUGGUCAUGGGGUGCCCGGUCAGAGCAUGUCAGAGUCCGGGGGGAUGCAGAUGAGUGGGAAGUGUGAUUGUUGUUGUAUUUUGUUUUGUUUUUUCUUUUCUUUUGUUUCACAGAUGAGGAAGAACUGUUCUCUUCUACGAUACUUCAAAAGGGAAAACCAUAGCGAUCGAUGGUCAACAGCCACUGACUGACUACCUUUCAUCCCAAUUCCCAAUUCCCUUCCUUCCCUCCUUCCCUUAUCUUCCCUCUACAUAUCUCUUCGACACUCCCCCACUUCCCUACCAUCCCCUAUCAUCCUGUAUCAUGGCUCCCAAACGCAAAGCCAACAAUACCAAGAAGCGUCGCACAAAAGCAGAUCAACCAGGAACUGCUGCCACACCCACCGCCAGUCCAUCCAAACCUAACUCGGCUAACCAUUCCAGCCAGAGUACUCCCAACCAGCAGAACCAUAGCAGUCCUGCUACCCCCAUCCACCCCACUCCCAAUGGUUCCUCUCAAUCAGAUCAUCACCCUCAUAAGCACUCAGCAGACUCAGACCGAUCCUCUAAACCUUCAUCAGCGGCUACUACUGCUGGUAGUCAAAAGAGCCUUUCCGAUCAUCUGCCUGCCAAGUCCAACGACCUACCAUCCUCAGUCAAAAGCACUGUUAGCAACGUAGAUUCUGCUGCACUUGCCGAGCGAUCUGCUAACCUACCCCAAUCCAACUCUAACGGUAAAACAGACCACCAUCAUUCGAACCCCGCCAAUGAAACCGGCCGUCCUAACAAGUCCACCAAAGAACAAAAUUCCAAGCAAGCCUCGGCAGCUCAUCGUGUCCAAGAUUCUGGGGGACGUGAUGCUGAAAACCGCCCCGAUCCAGCAGUGGGUUCGAAAACCGACACCAAAAAGACUCAGCAGGCGUCCCACAAGGCGAGCACUAACAACCACUCAGACGAUUCACGACCCCCUAGUAAACAACACCAAUCUCUAGAGGAUCCGGCUCCGGUAAAAGUAGUGGCCUCUGAUCCUGCUAAGAAUUCCCAAAAUGGGAUGAUCCCAAAAGAAUCAGUCAAAAAUAAGUCUGAUCAACACAAGGAAUCUGAGACGGCGAGCCCAGUCAAAUCAUCAUCAGAGAACGACCCGGCAAAGAGCCUUCCAAGCUCGGCUAAAAAGCCUGCCAAACACGUCAAAUUUACGAAUCCUACCCUGGCCGACGAUCAAUCUUCUUCGGACACCUCAAGACCUACCCACGAGAACCACCGAAAGCAGGGCAGAGCCGAGACGGCAGAAGAGGCGGCAGAGCUGCACACGAAGCCCAAGUCCAUCCGUCGGGAGAUGUCUGGGGCGGCUGACCAGUUCGACUUCGAUGCCCAACAAAGGAUGUAUGCGGGCCCGGGAGGCGGAAUGGUGAAAAAAGUUUGUCAUCGUCGUCCUGUAAACGGUAACAGUUACCCCACCGAGAAUCAACGCGCGAGUGAUGAACCGGUCCACGAGUCAUCAUCCGACCGAUCCAGUGCGGCCUCUGCAGAAGAAUCGCGCGCUCGAAGCCGGGACACGAUCGGCUUCCAACAUGCCCAACGAUGUCUUCAAUCGAUCGUCGAAAUCCAGCACCUCAACGCCCAUCCAGACGAGCUUGACCCGGAUCUCUUGCAGAUCUACUUGAGUUAUUUCGACCAAGACCAAGACGGUUUAUUGGACCCCUUGGAUACCUGGCGGGCGUUCCGUCGUCUAGGUUUCGGCUUGCUCUGGGCCGUCGCUGCAACCUUUGCUCUUCAUCUCCUCAUCUCUCCCUUCAUCGGAAUGGGCUCCUGGUUCAUGCCGGAUGUCUUGGGUAGAUGCCAAUUGCCCUUAGGUCAUCAUCUUUCUGGUUCCUCUCGUAGUUCAAUCAACAUCGACCCGCAUGAUAUAUCGAAUAUAGAUAAAGAUCAUCCGUCUGGCAAAGUUGGUCCAUCAGCGUUAUGGAAGAAAACUCAAGAGCAUAUGGGAGCAGCCGAAAUGACUGAUCCUGUUGGGUGGAUCAAGUUCGUGAUUGGAUGGCUCAUAGCUAUCAGCUUAACCUGGCCUUCGGAUCUUAGCGUCAAACACGACUUGAUCAAUGGGGUUUAUAAUGGCGAACUCCUGUUUCUAGUUGCUCAAGGCGUCUCAUCAUAAAUAAAUACAAAAACAAACCCCCUAACCCCCAACCGACUGUCUCUCUGCUCUUUGGUCAGGGACACUUGCCUGGUGAUGAGUCGAUUAGUUCAGAUCACCACUGGCAUUCUCGUGAUCAACCUUCACCCCUCCCCCUUUCUUUCCCUUGCGCUCCCUUUUUCAUCCUAUUCUAAAAUAAAACGUCCUUCAAAAUCCUGAUGAAACUGAAGAACAAAACUCGUAGCACAUACACAUUGUAACUGUUCCCCUUUAUAUAUAUAUAUAUAUCAGUACAUACAACCCCAUAGAGAGAGAAAGAGAGAAUAUAAAGAUCAAGACGAAAAAGAUGAAAAUUUGUAACUUGUCCUCUCUUUCUCUCUCUUGGCAAUAUCAUGUACUUCACUUAUUACUUAAGCACUUAUUAUACAUACAUAAAUUUUGGACAAUUACAUACAUUUGUUGCUAGUUGAUCCACCAAAUGAGCCUAACCCUCUAUGCUCUCUUCUUCUUCUUCUUUUUUUUUUUGAGGUCAACAAGAACAGAAAGAAAAUAUUGUUUAUCGGACAAUCAGACUGUGUCUUUCUGCUAUGUAAUUUGUAAUUUGUACUUUGUUUUUGCCAUGGUUGAUUUGGUUGUAUUUUGUGUUUGAUUGACUUCAAGAUUGUUUUUUUCCGUGUUGUUGUUGCUGUAGAGUGAGUGACCUUAAGAAAGGUCCGCAAAUUAGUGUAUAUUUUAGAUAUACUAUGUUGGCAACACAAAACGAAACGAAACGUUAGGUUAUGUUGAGGUCCAGAGGGAAGUUGAUGAUAAUGAACUAGAAGGAGGCUGAAGGAGACCA